CGGAGGCCGCCUCCCUCCCGAGCGCCGCCCUGUCUUUCCUUCCCACUCUUUUCUGCGUCGUGCCAGGGAGGGAGAGGAAUCUCUCUUGUUCUUCGGCCUUCUAAUCGCGUUAGCACGGAACUCCAAGUCCAGCAGCGUCGUUUACUCUCCCGGUGAUAUAACGGUUUCUAUUUUCCACUCCCUGUGCAGGAUUAUGGCAGAUAUUCGGUUGGGUGCUCAUACUAUAAAAUCCCAUGGAAUGAAAGUGGCAAGGUUCCACAUGCAUGACUGGAUUAUUCUACUCCUCCUUGGGGUCUUAGAAAUCAUACUAAAUGUUAUAGACCCUUUUUAUCGCUUUGUGGGGAAAGACAUGAUGACUGAUCUGAAAUACCCACUAAAAAGUAACACAGUGCCAUUUUGGGCUGUUCCAGUGAUCGGAAUUGUAUUGCCUGCUGUGGUCUUCAUUGGGAUAUACUUCAAAAGAAGGGAUGUGUAUGAUUUGCAUCAUGCAAUACUGGGCCUUCUGUAUUCUGUGCUUAUAACUGCAGUGAUUACCGAUGCAAUCAAGGAUGCCGUUGGUCGACCUCGGCCAGACUUUUUCUGGCGUUGUUUCCCUGAUGGAAAAGAGGUGGGUCAUUAUUCUUGCGACCAUCCUUCAUUUUUUUUGGUCUAUGAUAAUGUCACAACAAAUGUUAUAUGUCAUGGAGAAAAGAGUGUUAUCAAGGAAGGGCACAAAAGUUUUCCAAGCGGUCAUUCUUCAUGUUCAUUUGCAGGCCUAGGUUUUCUUGCAUGGUAUCUUUCUGGGAAAAUCCAAGCUUUUGAUCGCAGAGGCCACAUUGCCAAACUUUGCAUUCUGUUUCUUCCUCUACUUUGUGCAUCACUUGUGGCAAUUUCUCGAGUGGAUGAUUACUGGCAUCAUUGGCAAGAUGUAUUUGCUGGUGGCCUUUUAGGAUUCGUAGUUGCUUCAUUUUGUUAUCUGCAAUUCUUCCCACCACCUUAUGAUGUAGAUGGUUGGGGGCCUUUUGCAUAUUUCCAGAUGUUGGCAGAGACGGGCAAUAAUAUUCAGGGGUCAACUAAUACAAAUCCUCUUACUUCACGACCAUCAGAGGUUGAAACUGUUUAUGUUCAAUCCGAGCAACAAGUUGGGAUUUACAUGCGAGACAUAAACCCAACUCUAGACGCAAUGGAAACUGGCAGGAGAGAUUAAUUUCGGACACCGGAGGUAACAUGAAAUCCUCUCUAGAAAAUGGGGGUCAGUUGGUUUCCUAAUCUUUCCAGUCCUGUAUUCUCUUUUCACAAUGUAUAAAGUUUCCUCAGUGUGAUUGUAAGCAUGCAGAGUUUGCAAACCCUACGCUGUCUUGGCUCCUUGCAAGGAAAGAUGCAGUGUGAUAGAUUGUAGCGAGAAAAGCAUUGUAAUAGGAGUCGCAUGUAUGUGAAAUGCAGAAGCUGUAGCUAUAUGCAAUUGAUUUUUUUUUUUUUGUUUGGAUGCAUGC